CGGUCUGUGUCAAUGCAUACCGGCCACGUUCCCCAUCCCGAGUUUGCGUCCCGGUCCACAGGCCGAAUUUGAGGGGCGGGACAGGGUUGCAUGCGGUCUAGGGUUCAGUAAAACGAUUUAAAUGCUCUGGAAGCCUAAAACCCUAAAAAGCUCAGACAGCGAGAGAGAGAGAGAGAGAGAGAGAGUGGUGUGCUCUGCUCAUUUCAGAGAGAGAGAGAGAGAGAGCGAGCUCAGAAUGAGACCUCCUCGAGGUGGUGGUAGAGGUGGAAGUGGUCGAUUUCAGGGUAGAGGAGAUGGGGGAGGAAGAGGAAGGGGCAGAGGUGGUGGUGGUGGAAGAGGAGGCUUUGGUGGAAGAGGAGGCGGAGGUGAAAGAGGUAGAGGAGGAGGAGGAGGAAGAGGAAGAGGGGGAGGAAGAGGGAGAGGUGGCGGCCCCAUGAGAGGAGGGAUCAAGGUUCUGAUAGAGCCUCAUAGACAUGAAGGCGUAUUCGUGGCAAAAGGAAAGGAAGAUGCUCUGGUUACUAAGAAUCUCGUUCCAGGAGAGGCUGUCUACGGAGAGAAGAGGAUAUCUGUUCAGAAUGAGGAUGGAACGAAGGAGGAAUAUCGGGUUUGGAACCCUUUUCGUUCAAAACUUGCUGCGGCUGUUCUCAGUGGUGUCGACAAUAUCUGGAUCGCUCCAGGGUCCCGUGUACUUUAUCUUGGUGCUGCUUCAGGAACUACUGUAUCUCAUGUGUCCGACAUAGUUGGACCUACGGGCAUGGUGUAUGCUGUUGAGUUUUCUCCAAGAAGUGGUAGGGACUUGCUCAACAUGGCAAAGAAGCGUCCCAAUGUUAUACCAAUCAUUGAAGAUGCCAGACAUCCAUGGAAAUAUAGGAUGCUAGUUGGCAUGGUGGAUGUUAUAUUUUCUGAUGUAGCCCAACCGGAUCAAGCUCGCAUUAUAGGUUUGAACGCUUCUUUCUUUCUAAAGAGUGGUGGCCAUUUUGUGAUAUCAAUAAAGGCGAACUGCAUAGACUCUACAGUCCCUGCUGAGGCUGUUUUUGCAUCAGAAGUCAAGACCUUGCAAAGUCAAGAGUUUAAGCCUGCUGAGCAAGUGACUCUCGAGCCGUUUGAGAGAGACCACGCAUGUGUUGUUGGAGGAUACCGAAUGCCCAAGAAGCAGAAAGCUGGAGCCUAACAUGUCAAAUGGUACUAUUGUGAAGUUUCCAAGAGGCAACUUUAUUUGCUCCUCCGCAGGUUUUAUUAGAUGAGAUUCUUGUUAUCCAUGCAUCAAUUUGGUUUUUGUCAAUUGGUGCCAUUUUGUUUACGAAUGGGGUUUUCCUCUGGCUGGUAUAAAGUUAAUUUGUAUUUUUAUCAUUAGGAAUGAACAAUUUUUCCUUGCAGGCUUUUGUUCCUAGCAACAAUUCUUCUACUUAAUUCUUCUACUUCAUGAGCAGUUGAAGAUUGAAUCUUCCAAUUACAUUUUUUUACCAUAAUUUCUCUUAGUGUACUCUCUGUUUUUUUAUCAUAAUUUCUCUUAAGUU